CGGCGAGCAACAGCAAUGGACUUUGUUGCUACGCCACCCGGACCAAUGAACGAGCGGCGCUGCAAGCCGGUCGCUCGUGAUUGGCCGGGCCUCUGCACAGAGACUAAGAGUCAAAGUGAAACCCAGCUCCAGCUGUCAGAGAUGGUUCAGUCAAUUGUCGGCUCCGCUCCAGUCCAAUUCUCGAAAAGAACAGCGAUGACCGGCGACCGGACAGCCAUAGACUGUCGAAACCCAAGACUGACACAAGUGUUCCACAAAAUAUCGUGGUCGCAGGACGGCGACACGAUGGCGGACGCUGGAAUUCUGGCCGAAAAGAAGGCCGCAAGAAACGGCUUGGUGCAACCGGCGCAGUCGAGCGAGCUGUUGUUGUGUCCGUGGGAGUCGGACGUGAGCUACGGCGUGUCAGUUUUGGCCGCGCGGCUGGAAGAGGCUCUCCGCAGAGCCAAGUCGGAGCAGCUGUCGUGCGGGGAGGUGCUGCUGCCGGCCACCCUGCUGCCGAGGGUGGCGAGCGACGUGGCGCGGCUGGCCGAGGACGAGCCGUGCGGACUGCGCGGCUGCAGCCUCGUGCUCAAGUUGGACGAGCGGCCGCUGGGCCGGGUGCCGUGCGAGGCGGUGGCCACCUUCGAGGUCUACGUGACCCUGAAGCAGGACUUGAGCCCGUGGCAGGCGCUGCUGCCGCAGUUUUUGCAGUUCAAGCGGCGGCCCAGCACCAUCGUGUUGUCGCCGACCUACGAGGUGCGCAAGCGACGCCUCUUCAGGUAGCCACCGACCGCUGCGACCACCUGAGACGCACUCCGUGAUGAUCCUGAUCUCAAGUUGAAGUGAAUACAUAUAGUUGUCUGCGUGAAAGCCUCCCAGACGACCUGCAGAGCGAGAGAGAGCAGACCUGACUUUUUUUUACUACACUGAAAAAAUUAAAUAAUUAAUUGUAAAUGCUACGGAAAACACUGAUAGAGAUACAUAGAUUGACGAAAAAGCGUAUGUGUUAUUUUAAGAAAAAGCGCAGAGCUCGAGAGUACAUUAUACGCGUGCGGAAACGGCCCACGCUGAGCUUGCUUGUCUGUGUGUCAAGAAUUUAAAUAAAUGACAAAUCGAUUUAUAUGUUUAAAUAUAA